AUGAAUUACGAGAUGGCCGCAAUAACAUCGCAACCUCGUCCUGAUAUCAAUAUGAUCGACCGCGUUGACGAGGAAGAAUGCAUUGACAUACCUAUGGAGGAUAUUGCGAAUUGGAACUCGGAUGCGAAUUCGGAUGCGGAUACAGAUAGUAUCAUGACAGGCUCUAGCGAUUGCUUCGACCCCACGGAAGAUAUCACCAUGACUGAGGAAAUUCAGGAUUCGAGAGUCAAUACCGAUAUUGAGAUGUCUGAAGAUCCGGAUCUCAUCACGAUGAUGGAAUCCUUGAGUAUCAUCAUCGACUAUUCUCCACAAAUCAUGGCGGACCAUCCAAUGGAUGAUGAGAUCAAUUACUGCGCGUCAAUUGAUGAACCAAUGCACGACGAGAUGCAUGUCGAUAUACUUGUGCACGACCGAUUAAUCGAGAUGGAUCACUCGUAA